UAGUUUUGUAUCCGGGUGAGAUCAGUGUUGCGCCGCUCGCAUCUUUGUGCAUCUAGCCCCCUUCGCCUUUAGUUGGACCAGGAUGGAGUCUCAAGUGAAGCAUGCCGUGGUUGUUAAAGUUAUGGGUCGCACUGGUUCCAGAGGGCAGGUUACUCAGGUCAGAGUCAAGUUUUUGGAUGAUCACAACCGGUACAUCAUGAGGAAUGUGAAAGGACCAGUGAGAGAAGGAGACAUUCUCACCCUACUUGAAUCUGAAAGAGAAGCAAGGAGGUUGCGCUAGAGAGGGUUCUUACCUGUGGUGUUUUCGUGCUUUGGAUAUUACAAUGAAUGUUUUUUUUUUUUUUGUGGUAGUGGACACUGAUCAUUGUAGUUUCUGCUGUCGUAAUAUGUGUUUCCUAUGAUGACUGAAGUUUUGAUACCCUGUCUUUGAGCUUUAAUAUUGAAAUGAAACACUCAAGUUUUGCUUA